AUGUCCUUCUCCCUCACCCAAAUCCAAAAAGCCAAAACCAACGCCGCAAUCUUCCUAAAGCGAGCCUUCCCAGGCUCACAAGGCACUCUAACCAUCAUCCCCGCUGCCAAGGCUAUGGACCAGCAAGGAGAAGAACCCCUCCCGUGGGGGAUCAUGAUAGCCGGACUGAUGUACUGCGACGCUGCCACAUUGCUCCACCACCAGUUCUGGCUGUCAAAGGCCUUCUGCUUUGUGGCAUACCCUGCAACGCCCUUCAUCUCGACCUGGAUUGGGAACUGGGCCUUUGCUGCAAACGAGAACGAUAAACCUGCUGUCAUAGAAUGCCUUAAGAGCAACCUCGCAAAUGCCCACACAAAAAUAGGAAAAUACCUCCGCACAAAAAUCCCAGACACAGCUGAACGCCUCUUCAUCAUCGAGUCUGUGAAAGUCCAGCCAAUAAACAUAAUCAAACAAAAUAGCGAGGCCACUCACUGGGCAUUCACAGUUGACUCCCCCCACCCUACCGAUGCCAACCAACAUAAACAAUGGAUCACCGAGGCCGAAGCCACCAUGUGGUACCACACAGAAAUAGCCACUGGGGAACUCCGCAACCCCCGCAACACCUGUAAAUGCUGCAAAGGCAAGGACCACUCAACCUACCAAUGCCCACUUACCAAACUACCAUUCUGGACCGAAAUCUACCCCCGAAAAAACUUCACCAGAAUGAGCACCGUCAGUAACAACCCUAUAGCAGAAGGAAAUCAAUAUGCAACGCAAGAAAAUAUGAUGUCGCACGCUGGACUGAGCCGGGAGGAAGACCCAACAGAGGCUCCAUGA